AUGGACGAUUUGCCUCCUCAACCCACACCUCAGCAAUCCUACCUGCAACUGCAACAUCAUGGCUCUCAACCCAGCCAUCACUCCCAUCAUAAUAAUCUGAAUAGAAAGUAUCAUCAACAAGCACAACAGCAAUAUAAGGUAUCAUAUAGACCGCCUCCUCCUCAACAACAGCAGCAACCACAACAACCCUCACCACACUACCAACAAGUACCACCGCAACAACAAGUACCACCACAACAGCAAUAUCAACAAUAUAAUACACCACCUCAACAAGAAUACUAUCAACAAGCACCUGGUCAUUCUCGUGUACCACCACAAGGAGGUUACCAACAACCAUAUCUGAAUGUUCCUCCACAGCAACAAUAUAGUAGCGCACCACCGCCUCCCUCAAUGCAGUACCAACAACGUCCAUCGUAUUCUCUGCCUCCGCCGGCUCAACAACAAGUAUAUCAACAACACGCACCAUCACAAUCAAGUCAGGCUGCGCAAUAUCAACCACAAACUUCAAAUAAUGGACAUUAUUCAAAGCAUAACAUUUCCAGAGACUCGUUGGAAACCACCAAGACCACUGCAACCACUUCCUCAAAGCAAAAAUUAGAGAGCGAAUUGAGAUCAGUUUUCGAAAAAGUUGAUACUAAUGGAUCUGGCAGAAUCUCAGCUAAGGAAUUGUCGCAUGCUUUAUUAAAUUUUGAUCGUUCCAGAUUUCAAGACUCUACUAUAAAGCUCAUGAUCAAUCUUUUCUGUGGUCCUGACUCGGCCACAAAAUCAUUGAACUUUGAACAAUUUGUUUCCUUGUGGAAGUAUCUUUCUGCUUACAAGAAGUUAUUUAUUCAAGCUGACACUAAUAAAUCUGGAGAUAUUUCCUUUGGGGAGUUUCAAAAGAUAUUGGAACAAAUUGGUUAUAAAUUGGAUAUUGACUUGGUAUUGAAUUUAUUUCAAAAGUAUGCUUUAUUAGAAAGUGGAGGAGUUGGAAAAUUGAGAUUUGAUAAUUUUAUUGAACUAUUAGUAUAUUUGAGAAAAUUAACAGAUGUGUUCAAAAAAUAUGAUAAGGAUUUGUCUGGUACUGCCACAAUAGGCUUUUCGGAUUUUUUGUUUGAGGUUACUAAUUUAACAUAG